UUCCGGCUGUGGAGCAAGCUAGAUAGUUCUUUCACUGCAGUGAAGUACGAUAUGAUAUGCGUCUCAUUGCCAUCAGAAGUCUAAAUGAAAAUCACUGGUUGUGAUGAUGGAGCCUAGCAGCUGUGCUGGCUCAGAGCUAGGACUUGCUAAGAUGGUUUGUCGAGCUCAAGUCUCUGAAAACACAGCCAUGAGAGUGAGGCUAGCUGGCAAUGUUUUCACAGUGGACAAAACCCUCCUGGAAGACAACUGCGAAUACUUCCGGGCACUUUUCCAAUCAGGAAUGAAGGAAUGCCAGCAAGAGGAAAUUUGCCUUCAAGUAGUGAACGCUCGUGGCUUUCUUGUGGCACUUCAGGUGAUUCACGGUGAGAGACCUAUCCUUGAUAGUGAUGAAAUUGUAGAAGCUGUAGAGUGUGCCGCCUUCCUUCAGGUGAAGCUUCUUGUUAAACAUCUUGUAAACAUUGUUAAUUCUGAUAACUGCCUCCUCAUUUAUCACUCAGCUGCCACUUAUGGCUUAUGGGAGCUGUUCAAAAGUGCAGCUUUGUUCAUUUGUGAUAUGUACCAAGACCUCAAGGAGGAUAUACAGUGCUUGCCAAAGGAACUUAUUGAUUACAUUGAAUCUCUUAUUCCUAGUAAAUAUGUUACCAUUGGGACCCACUCACCCACCAUUAAGCUGCUUCAGGACUUUAUGAGGACAGUAUGUUACCUUGAUGAGGAUGAGAACGACUGGAAAGUUCUCACUCACCUACCACUUAACACUAGCACCACCAUGGCUGGGGUUACAGUCCUUGAUAACAAGAUCUUCAUUGUUGGAGGUGUGUAUGACAUUAGCAAUAAAGUUGUAGACUCUGGCUUCUGCUAUGAUGUGACCUCAGAUACCUGGACUACAUUUUCAAGCCCACAACAGCUCCGGUAUAACUGUACCCUGGUGGGGCAUGAAGGCUCUCUUUAUGCACUUGGUGGAGAGUUUGAAAGAUCCACCAUGUCAUCUGUAGAAAAAUAUAACGUGGCCACAGACACAUGGAGCUUUGCUGCUCAUCUUCCAAGACCUGCUACUGCUGUAGCUUGCACCAAGACCAUGGGUAGGAUAUUCAUAUGUCUGUGGAAACCAAAAGAUGCCACCGAGAUCUACGAGUACCUAGUAGACAGGGAUGAGUGGAGUCUAGUGACCACAAUGAUAAGACAUCAAAGUUAUGGGCAUUGUAUGGUGGCACACAGGGACAAUUUGUAUGUGAUGAGGAACGGGCCAUGCGAUGACUUCUUGAGAUGCAUGAUGGACUGUUAUAACCUGACCUCAGGUCAGUGGACAGCCAUGCAGGGACAGUAUGAGAACAGCAAAGGAGCUUUAUUCACAGCAGUGGUGAGAGGUGAUUCUGUUUUUACGGUGAACCGCAGAGCGACAGUGGAGUAUGCCAUUGAGGACAACAAGUGGAGGACGAAAAAAGAGAUGACAGGAUUUCCAAGAAUUGGCUCCAUGUGGACUUUUCUCCUGAGACUACCAAAGAAAACCAAAGGGCCUCUGGGAAAGGAGAAUUUGACAAAUGGCCAAGUUUUUACUGCGUCCUCUCACGUCCUUUCAAGCUCUUCUGAGUGCUAUUAUUGACUACACUAUAACCAUUUCAGCCUAUAGAGAAGUAAUCUAUUUAUUCAAAUAAUAGUCUUUCUGCCUUUUCAUAUUCCCUGGUUUAGCCAAGGCAUAGUGCAUGGUGCUUCUACAAUAUUGACUAAAAUGAAUUUAGCUAUGUCUCUAUGUACUUGAUAUUUUUGUUACUGUCUGUGUGGAGUUUUGCAUGUUCUCCCCAUGUGCUCAUGGUUUUCCUCUGGGUUCUCUGGUUCCCUCCCACCUCCCAAAACAUGCUGGUAUGUGGUUUGGCUACACUAAAUAGCCCCUGGAUGGGAAUGAGUGUGUGAAUGUGUAUGCAUUGUGCCCUGUGAUGAACUGGCACCCCAUCCAGGAUGUAUGUCCGCCUGCCACCUGGUGUUCCCAGGAUAGGCUCCAAAUCCAGCAUAAAGUGGUUACUGAAGAUGAAAUAAUGAUAAUGAAUGAAUAAAGCAUUUACAGAUCUAAAUGGACAAAUGACUGUAUGACUGAAACUAAAUGGAGACUACUUGGAUUUGACUACGAAAAAUCAAGUGGUUUACAUAAUGCUGUUCUCCAUUGCAAGUUUUGUUUCUAGGGCUACAAAUGAGCAGCAACAAAACAUCAUUAACCCAAAAAUAAUUCUGUAAGACUCUGGUCACUAGUUUGUCUGUGCCAGAGGAAUAGUGAGAUGAAAAGAGUGAUAGGAUAGUUGAAGAAAUAUCAACAAAAUUAUCUCAACACUCUACUCCCCCACGUGAAAGGUCUUUUUGACUUCUGCUCAAAUUAUGCAGUCCUCAAAAAAACACUUCUUUUUAAAUUGUGCUACAGACAAUUUAGUCAAGUAUGGCUAGAGUCAUGUAGGCAUUAGUUAAUACAUUUCAUUGAUGAUUAGUCCAUCAACAGAGCAAACAUCUCUAACAUUCCUGGAGACUGUUAUGAAUCUAAACAGUUCAUAAGAACAGAACUUUCUUUCUUUCCUUCUUUCUUUGAAGAAAUAAUGUUAAUAUCCCAACAACUUGACAAAUGAGGGAGACAGUUACACUUGCUGAAAGCUCAUAUUUUCUUCAAGACUCCUUUGGAGGCAGGGAAU